AUGGGGAGGCCUCAGACUACUGAGUUCUCAGCCACAAGGCAUCAUAGGAUUUGGCGCGACCUGCGAUAUAGGGCAGGUCUGCGAUGUGUACUGGCUUCUUACGUGCGAAGCAACUAUUCUAGUCAGUUUCGCAUCGACCUGCAUGAGUGUUUUGGCUCAUCUUCUUUUUCAGCUUUGGAGAUGCAACCUGCAUUCAGCUACAUUUGUAUUCUUGUUUUUCUUCUGAUCCGUCGAUCCAAUGGAGACUGUGUGAUGUUCGGAAUGUGCAAUGACAAACAAUACUGCUUUGUCAAUCAGCCACCUGUGUUUGUUCCAGGUGAUAGUUUGAAGAAAAUUUGUGGUGUUGACAGUCUAGUUCAGUGCUGCGAUCAAGCUCAACUAAGAGUGUUGGAGGAUAAGUUUAGUAUGCUUGAUUUCGUCCUUAAAAGUCACUUUGCCACUGAUCAACUUAGUUCUGUUCUUUUUUUGCAAGAAAGUGACCCCGUUCUUUGCAAGGUUAUAAAGGUUGGUGCGUUCAAUCGCGAUAUCGUCCUCUCCAGAAUCGUGAUUGAUGACUUCCUUUUUGGGAGAGCAGUCGACAUAAUUUCCAACGUUGACGAUUGCGAUAUGGAAAAUUUUUACCGCAGUUUCAAUCUCACCGAAUCGAGUAGGGGCAGGUCACCCUACGCCAUCAAUUUCGUCUUCAUCGAUGACUAUGCUGUUGACAAUUCUACAACACCGGUGCCGAGCCUUGUGUCUCUGAAUGAGACUGCGAAACCGACUAUUCGAGGUUAA